UAAAAAUUAAACGGUUUAUAAACAAAUAUUACGAAAUUUUUUCAAAUUGAAAUUGUUUUAUUUUUUAAUUUGGUUUAUAAAAAAGUAAAUAAAAUAGAAAAGUAUUUUUUUAUACUUUUGACUAAAUAAAGUGCUAUAGAUGAUGAUAAUUAUUUGAUGUAGAAUUAUUUAAAUUUACAAAAUAAUAUAGAAAAAAAGUAAAAAAUUAAAAAAACCCAUAGAAAAAAUUAAGAUCAAUAACAUCUUCAUAUAUAUUAUUUAAAUCAAUCAACAGUGGCAGUGGUUUUAUUAUAGUGUAACCCCCCUCCCAAAUCAAAUAAACAAAUAAUAAUUAAAUAAGUAAAAAAAAACAGAAAUAUCAACUUAAAAGUGAGUGAAAGAAAAUUUAAAAGAGAACAGCAGCAGGCGUUUAUUGAAUUUUUAUUACAAUUUGGAGAAAAAGAUUUUUUUUAAAGCGGUGCGAUAAAAAAAAAAUACCGUUUAUUUGUACAUAGAUCGGAGAACUAGAGCGGAAAAAACCUAAAAGUUGUAUUUUUUUCUCCUCAAAAAACGUUAAAAUAAAAAGCGCAAAACUGCAACUAUUAAACGAUCCAUACGCCAUUAUAAUGGACGGCUUUGCCCAUGAUUGGCCAACGCCAACGUCACGUACAGAUAAUAAUGCUCUACAAAUGGAUUUAGUAGCCGAAUUACAUGAUGGUGGUUUUGAGCCACAGACAAGAGCCAGAUCAAAUACAUGGCCAUGUCCAAGGCCAGAAAAUUUCGUUGAUCCACCCGAUGAGCUGGAGAGUACAAAGGCUAGUAAUCAACAUUUGGCUGGAGAUUCACAACAAACUGUUCCUAAUGUGAGUGCCGCCAAAAAGAAUUCAUCACGUCGUAAUGCCUGGGGCAAUUUAUCUUAUGCUGAUCUUAUAACACAUGCCAUUGGUUCUGCCACUGAUAAACGUUUGACCCUGAGUCAGAUCUAUGAAUGGAUGGUACAUAAUGUACCGUAUUUUAAGGAUAAAGGUGAUUCGAAUAGUAGUGCGGGCUGGAAGAACUCAAUUAGACAUAAUCUCUCUUUACAUAAUCGUUUUAUGCGUGUUCAAAAUGAGGGCACUGGUAAAUCAUCCUGGUGGAUGUUGAAUCCUGAUGCUAAACAGGGUAAAUCAGUGCGUAGACGUGCUGCCUCAAUGGAAACGUCACGUUAUGAGAAACGUCGGGGGCGUGCCAAAAAACGUGUUGAAGCUUUGCGUCAAGCUGGUGUAACGGGUCUAAAUGAUAAUACCCCCUCACCGAGUAGUAGUAUAAGUGAGGGUCUGGAUCAUUUUCCUGAAAGUCCUUUGCAUAGUGGUUUUCCCAUAUCGCCGGACUUUCGUCAACGUGCUUCAUCGAAUGCUAGUUCCUGUGGACGUUUAAGUCCAAGACAAAAUGUUGUUGGUUUGGAAUUUGAAUGGGGUUUUCCCUCUGAUUAUCAAAACUCAGCACCGGCUGCAACCAUGGAUAAAUUGGCUGGUUCAAUGGCUGAGGAAUUGACACUACAAAAGGAUCUAAUGCAACAACAACAGCAGCAACAGCAACAAGGAUUUAGUGCAGGCACCGGCAUGCCCACUCAACCACCACCACCAUAUCCUACCAAUACACAACAACAAACCUACACACUUAAUGGACCCCUCUCACAGGGCUACAGCAACUUACCAACUCAACAGUGUAUGUUGCACCGUUCAUUAACCUGCACCUGUUUGCAUUCAACACGUGAGGGCCUCUCACCAAAUUCAGUAAACACAAUGUCACCCGCCUAUCAAAAUAGUGAACCUUCAUCGGAUUCCUUAAAUACCUACACAAAUGUUGUCAUUGAUGGCCAAUCAGGGGUAACGUCCGAUAAUAGUGGUUCUAAUGUCUUAAUGGUACAACAGCAGCAACAACAACAGCAACAGCAACAGUUGCAGCAACAACAACAACAGACACAACAACUUAGCUCAAAUUUAGAAGAUAAUAAUUGCGCAUCAACUUUAAUAGGACAAUAUUUGGGUGCAUUGAACAAUGAGCAGGCACCAAUUGACGAAUUUAAUAUUGAAAGUUUUCAAGGUGGUUUAGAGUGCAAUAUUGAAGAGUUAAUGCAACAAGAAAUUAGUAUUGAUGGUCUGCUAGACAUCAAUAUACCUUUGACAGCUGUGAACAGUAGUACAGUGAAUAAUAGUGUUUGUAAUACAGGACUAAUGGUUGCUGGUAGUACAACAAAUACGGCUGCAUCAGCCUUAAAUACACAACAACAACAACUUAAUCAAUUGCAGGCACAAUUACAACAGCAGCAGCAACAACAACAACAACAUCAUCAACAAUUGCCAUCAAUGCUUAACAACAAUAACAAUACAACAACAAUGACAACUGGCUUAGAAUUGUCGACACAAGCACCGACAUCAAACCUCAACGCCAGAGUACAAUAUUCCCAACAGAAUGUGGUGACACCGCCCUCAUGGGUCCAUUGAUAUCAUCGGGUCGACUAUUAUUCCUUACAAUAGAAACACAUAAUAAAAAUGGCAAACAAACAUACAGAUACAGUUACAGAGAAAUCUUUAAGAACUAAAAAUACCAUAAAAAGUUUUAAUCCUGCAAUAAGGAUAUCAGACCUAUAAUUAUGGACAAUAAAUCAAAUAAUAUAAAAUAUAAUUAAAUUAAAUUUUAUAUUAUUGGAUAUAUUUUCUAAAAGGAUUGUAUUAUAAAAAAAUGAAAUUAUGUUUUGCCAAAACCCCCCAAAAAAACUUUAAGCGAAUUGUAUUAGGAAUAAAACCGAAAACUACUGCUGCAACCAACCAACCAACAAUCAUCAACUUAGUUCUUAAUAAUUUCAAACAAAUUAAUAACCGUUAUUAAUAAGGACAAUAGUGUAAAUAAUAAAUCCACAAACAACAAACGUAAACUCAACAACUUUAAAAUUUUUGCAACGUUAAAAAAUUUAUAAACAAAACAAAGUUAUAUCUGGUCGCCUAAUAAUAUUUAAAUAGAAUAAUUUAAAAAAGAAUAAUAAAUAAUAAAUAACAAAUAAAAAUACCAAUACAAUAAAUAAAAAAGAAACUUAUUAGUUGUUAAGUCUAUUAACAAGAAAUAGUAAAAAUUUAUAAACAAAACAAUGAAUAAAUGAAAACUUGAUUAAAAUUAACAAUAAAAAGAAAUAAGGGUCAUUAAACAGGUAAAAUGAAACCAUAAAAUAAUAAUAAGUUUAAAACAAAUAAUAAACUUAUUAAAUAAUAUUUUUUUUGAUUAAGUCUAUGCAAUAAUUGCUCUAAAAUAACAGAAAUCACUUAAAGCCUGCUUAUGCAUGCCCAAGAGAACAUACACACACAUUUUGCCAUUUUUUGAUAUUUUACAGCAAUUAAAGCAUUUUUGUUUCUUAAUAAUUGGCAACAUUGAAGAAUUAAUAUUUAAAAUGUUUUUAUUACAAUAACUAUUUCUU